AUGGCGCCCAUUAAACGCAAGGGCAAUACUGCCGAGGAGGCAGCAGCUCGUCAGCCCCAAAAGCGUGUACGAGUUGGCGCAGAGGAUCGCAAGAAGAAGGACCAGAAGCAAAACACCGCGGAGGAGGGCAAAUCGAAGCCCACUUCUACCAAAGCUUCCGAGCUUUCUGUUUUGCGCGAUGAUGAACCAUCCUUCCCUCGUGGUGGUGCAAGUGUGUUGACCCCGCUCGAGCGGAAACAGAUUCAAAUCCAAGCAACAAAGGAUGUACUCUUCGAGCAGAAAGGAUCCAAGAAGUCGUCUGGCAACUUGGGAGAUGAGGAUGAUGAUGAGGAUGUCGACAUGGGUAAUGCGGAUGAUACAGCCACUUCCACAAAGAAGCCUCGCAAACGGAAGACAAAGGGCAAGAAAAAUGCGGAACAGGAUGCAGCAGAGAAAACUGUUCGCAUUGAAGGUCUUAACUUCAAGCGCAUUGUGCCUGGGUCUAUGGUUCUAGGCCAAGUUUCAAGCAUCAACGCCCACGAUAUUGGUCUUUCUCUCCCUAAUAACCUGACCGGUUACGUUCCCUUGACGGCUGUUUCGAAAGGCCUCGAGCAAAAGAUUGAGAAGAUGCUGAACGAAGACGAAAAUGACGAAGCAGAUGAUGACGAGGAUGACGACGAUUCUUUGGACCUGAGCGACUACUUCUAUCUGGGACAGUAUUUGCGGGCAUACGUUGUCUCUGUCGGGAGCAAUGCAGCGGAUGCCAGCUCGCGGAAUAAGAAACGUAUUGAGCUUUCGGUCGACCCUAGACAAGCGAAUUCCGGACUCUCCAAGUCUGAUUUGGAGUUGAACACCGCCGUUCAAGCUUCGGUUAUUAGUGUGGAGGAUCAUGGUUUGGUUAUGGAUUUGGGCAUUGAGGGCUCAGAGCUCAAGGGUUUCAUGUCCAAGAAAGAAAUUGACCCCAAAGUCGAUUACUUGAGCAUCAAGGAAGGGUCUUCCUUUUUGUGUAUUGUCACUGGCCAGAACGCCAACGGAAACGUCGUCAAAUUGUCCGCCAACCUCCAGUCUUCUGGAUCGAUCAAGAAGUCGCAUUACCUCAGCACAGCGCCUACGAUCAGCUCUUUCCUGCCAGGCACUGCCGCAGAGAUUCUUUUGACCGAUGUUUCGUCGAGUGGAAUGGUUGGAAAGAUCAUGGGCAUGUUGGAUGCAACUGUGGACCUCGUUCAAUCUGGUGGUAAUACCGGUAAAGACGACCUGACCAAGAAGUUCCAGAACGGCGCCAAGAUCAAGGGCCGUCUCGUGUGUACAUUCCCAUCUUCGGAGCCAUUCAAGGUCGGGUUUUCGUUGCUUGACCAUGUUCUCAGAUUUGCCUCUGACGGUCAUGGACCUGGCUCAGCCGACGAUGCUCCCGCCAUUUCCGCUAUCGUCCCCGAUUCCAAGGUUGUGAAGGUUGAUCCCGGCCUUGGUGUUUACGUUCAAAUCGGUUCCACAAACCAUAGAGGUUUCGUCCAUGUUUCGAGGCUAUCGGACGGAAAUGUUGAAUCUAUUUCUCCCGAGACAGGGCCAUUCCGCGUUGACUCGACACACGAGGCAAGGGUGAUUAGUUACAAUGUCCUGGAUGAUCUUUAUUUGCUUUCUUUCGAGAGGAAGGUCAUCGACCAGCCUUUCCUUCGCCUCGAAGAUGUCAACAUCGGUGCAGUGGUAAAAGGAAAGGUCGAGAAGCUUCUGAUUGGUGCAGCUGGAGUUGAUGGACUUAUUGUAUCGUUGGCUGAUGGUAUCACUGGACUUGUUCCGGCCGUGCAUCUCGCAGACACGGCUCUUCAGUUCCCCGAGAAGAAGUUCAGAGAGGGCAUGACAGUCUCUGCCAGGAUUCUAUCAGUCAACUUAGAGAAGCGUCAGAUUCGGUUGACCUUGAAGAAGAGUCUGCUGAACAGCGAGUCUGCCAUAUGGAAGGACUACAAAGACAUUGUUCCCGGAGCGCAAUCUCCAGGAACUAUCGUUAACCUCCAGUCUCACGGUGCCGUCGUUCAAUUCUAUGGAACUGUCCGAGGCUUCCUUCCCGUGUCAGAGAUGAGUGAAGCUUAUAUCAAGGAUCCUUCUCAACACUUCAGACAAGGUCAGGUUGUGAGCGUCCAUGCAUUGAGCGUGGAUGCAUCUCUUGGAAAACUAGCAGUGUCCUGCAAAGACCCUUCAACAUUCACCGAAACCUAUAAAAAGGCCUUUGAGAACAUCCACCCAGGAUUGCUCGUCACGGGCACUGUCUUCGAAAAGUCCGGCGAUGAUGUGCUUCUCAAACUCGACGAGUUUGGUCUUGUGGCUCGCUUGGAUCUUGAGCAAAUUGUCGAUGGUUCGAUCACCAAACAGGGCUCAACCCUUUCGAAGAUUCGUGUCGGACAGAAGCUCAAUGAUCUCCUCGUCCUCGACAUUCAGCGGGCUCACAGACUCAUCAAGGUGUCGGGCAAAUCCAGUCUCAAGAAGGCCGUAAAGCAAGGCGCCCUCCCCGGAAAGUUUGAAGAUGUCCAAGAAGGUGCCGAAGUCACUGGUUUCAUCCGCAACAUUACUUUCGAUGGCCUGUUCGUUGAAUUCUUGGGCGGCCUGAUCGGCUUGGUACCUAAGCGGCUUGUCGCUGACGAGCUUACAACACAGCCUGCUUUCGGCAUGACAAAGUCGCAGACGGUCUCUGCGACGGUUCACUCUGUUGAUACUGACUUCCGAAGAUUCAUCCUGAGUAUGAAGCCCGCGGAAGCUACCCACGCCGGACCCAAGACAUCUACUAAGGCCGCCAAGGCUGAGAAGCCCAAUCAUGCCGACGAUGCCGUCACAAACGCUGUUGACGAGAGUAUCAAGUCAAUGUCAGACUUCACUUUCGGAAGGAUUACUAAGUGCAAGGUCGUUUCGAUCAAGGCAACCCAGGUCAAUGUUCAGCUUGCAGACAACAUCCAGGGACGAAUUGACGUGUCUGAGAUCUUCGACAAGCGGGAGGAUAUCAAGGAUCGUAAACAGCCUCUCCGAUUUUUCCGCCCGAAGCAGCUUCUUGAAGCCAGGGUUCUUGGUGUUCACGACGCCCGAAACCACAAGUUCCUGCCCAUCACUCACCGUAACGGCAAAUACCCAGUUUUCGAGCUUUCCCUCAAGCCUAGCUUCCUCAAGGCUGCGAACCCCACCCCGCUCAACUUGGAACAAGUCCAGGUUGGAUCUUCGUGGUUAGGAUUCAUCAACAACAUUGCUGAUGACUGCCUCUGGGUUAACUUGUCGCCAAACGUACGAGGCAGACUCCGCUUCAUGGAUGCAUCCGAUGAUCUGUCUCUUUUGGCGGAUGUGGAGAAGCACUUCCCUAUUGGAUCGGCUUUGAAGGUUAAUGUGACAGCUGUUGACACUUCGAAGGGUCGUCUGGAUCUUUCGGCCAAGCAAAGCGCUGAUAAGCUCUCGUUUACGGAUCUUUCUGUGGGCAUGGUUUUGGCUGGAAGAGUUACCAAGGUUACUGAGAAGCAAGUCAUUUUGCAACUGAGUGACUCAAUCGUCGGUGCGGUCAAUUUGAUUGACAUGGCCGACGACUAUUCCAAGGCCAACCCUACGAUAUGCAACAAAAACGAGGUGCUUCGUGUUUGCGUUAUUGGCAUUGAUAAGAACAAUAAGAAGGUCUCUCUUUCUCUCCGACCCUCGAGAGUCCUGAGUUCUUCACUCCCUGUCCAAGAUCCUGAAAUUUCUUCCAUGGGACAGCUUAAGGUGAACGACGUUGUCCGCGGAUUUGUCCGAAGAGUGGCUGACAGUGGACUCUUCGUGGCAUUGGGCCACGAUGUCACUGCCUAUGUCCGAGUUUCUGAUCUCUCUGACUCUUAUCUGAAGGAGUGGAAGGAUUCUUUCCAGGUGGACCAACUUGUCAAGGGCCGGGUGACUCUUGUCGACCCGGAACAGGGCAAACUGCAAUUGACCCUGAAAGAGUCCGCCUUGGAUCCCAACUACAAGACGCCCAUUACACUCCGCGAUCUUAAGCCUGGACAGAUUGUCACCGGAAAGGUUCGCAAGGUCGAGGAGUUUGGUGCUUUCGUUGUCAUUGAUGGAUCCGCAAACAUCAGUGGUCUUUGCCACCGUAGCGAAAUGUCUGAAAACCGGGUCGAGGAUGCUCGAACUCUCUAUGAAGAAGGUGACGCCGUGAAGGCCAAGAUCAUCAAGAUUGACCGCAAGCAGGAAAAGAUCUCUUUUGGAUUGAAGGCGUCUUACUUUAAGGACGAGGACGAGGACGAAGAGAGUGGCAGCGACGAGGAUGAUGAAUCCUUGGAUGGUCUCGGUGGCGUUGGCGUUGAGGGAAGCGACGAUGACGACGAAGAUGACGAUGAUGACGAUAUGUCUAUGGGAGGAGUCGACCUUGAAGAUGAGAGUGAAAGUGAUGAUGAUGAAGAGAGCGAUGACGAUGUGGAGAUGGCCAAUGCUCCCUCAAACAAGGAGGGAGGCCUCGGUGCCGGUGGCUUCGAUUGGAGUGGAAAUGUCAAGGAUGAUGAAAACGCGGCUGUCCAGUCUGAUUCCGAUGAUGAGGACAACACCCACAAGAAGAAGAAGAAGAACCGCAAGGCCGAAAUUGAGGUUGACCGUACUGGCGACUUGGAUGCCAACGGACCGCAGUCAGUUGCCGACUAUGAACGACUUCUGCUCGGUGAACCCGACUCUUCUCUGUUGUGGCUCCAGUACAUGGCUUUCCAGCUGGAACUUGGUGAGGUUGAGAAGGCCCGUGAAAUCGCCGAACGAGCCCUUCGCACCAUUACCAUUGGGCAAGAUACCGAGAAGCUGAACAUCUGGGUGGCAUUGCUCAACUUGGAGAACACCUAUGGCAACGAUGAUACCCUCGAGGAGGUGUUCAAGCGCGCGUGCCAGUACAACGAUACUCAGGAGAUCUACGAGCGAAUGACCAGCAUUUAUAUCCAGUCAGGAAAGAACGAGAAAGCCGAUGAGCUUUUCCAGACCGCUCUCAAGAAGAAGAUCUUCCAGUCCCCCAAGAUCUUCCUCAACUACGCCAGCUUCCUGUUCGAUUCCAUGGCUGCUCCUGAGCGUGGUCGUGCGCUGCUGCCUCGCGCUCUUCAGUCUCUUCCCUCUCACACCCACGUGGAAACGACCUCCAAGUUCGGUCAGUUGGAGUUCCGCUCGGCCAAUGGAGACGUCGAGCGUGGCCGGACCGUGUUCGAAGGUCUUCUUUCCUCGUUCCCCAAGCGUAUGGACCUGUGGAACAUUCUGCUGGACUUGGAGAUGAAGGCUGGCGAUGCGGAGCAGGUCCGCCGGUUGUUCGAGCGCGUUCUCGGCAUCCAGAAUGUCAAGAAGGGUGGUGCUGUCUCGGUGGAUGCGAGCAAGAAGGUCAAGGCCAAGCAGGCUCGUUUCCUCUUCAAGAAGUGGCUUGCUUUUGAGGAGAAGCUUGCAGCCGACGGUGGUAAUGACAAGAUGGUGGAAGAGAUCAAGGCCAAGGCUGCCGACUACGUCAAGUCUCUGCAGCAGGAGUAA